CGCCUUUCCUUUUCCCAUUGGUAAGAACAGGUAUGCUUAUGUCUGUGUCUCUACCAGCCUAACAUCUGCAUGACGUUAAAGGUAUAUAUGGGCAGCACUAAGCUGAUGCAGAGUCUAUCCAGAGGAAACUCAUCAUCAUCAUCAUCAUCAGAGAGACGAAUCCUCUCUUAGUCAUAGACAGGCUCCUGCAGAAACCUUAAGAAGUACAUCCUCUGGGUCAAGAUGCCGACCACCAACAGAAUCAUCUCCGAAUCCUCGCUGAAAAAGUCAGACAGAGUUUCUUCAGCAAAUAAAACCAAAGCUGGAAACGCACUUACAGUGAAGGUCCCGGUCUACGAGCCAAAUCUUCCCGAACCAAAAUGCCGGGCCGAUCUCACCAAACACUGGAUUGACCUUUCAUUGGAUGACAGAACAGCCAAUAAGGCGCUGUGGAUCACAGAAGGCGGGGCUAAAGUCGCCCGUAUGACUGACAGCAUCACUUGUCCUGUCUUGGACAGACCAGAGAGAUUUGAGUCCACACCACAGGUUCUUUGCAAAGAGGGCAUCCUGGGUUUCCGAGGCUACUGGGAGGUGGAAUCCUCUGGAUGGGUCGUGAUCGGUGCUGCGUCUGAACAGGCGCCAAGGAGGAACCGGGAAGGGCCCUGUGGCUUUGGAGAGAACGAGGAAUCCUGGGGCCUUGAAUGGAGCGGCUCCUGCUAUCAAGUCUGGCAGAAUGGGCAAAAGAAAGAGAUCGAGGGGGUUCCUCAUCACUCCACAAUAGGCGUAUAUGUUGAUCAGCCUGCUGGUUUACUCAGCUUCUAUGCCGUCAAAGAGGUAGAAGAGGGAGAGGAAGGUACGGCCAGUAAGGAGGUUAAACUUUUGCACCAGAUCAAGAGCUCCUUUGAACAGAAAUUGCUGCCAGGUUUCUGGGUGGGGAACCACUCUUACUGUCUGAUCCUAAAAAAGGAGGAAUAGAGGACCAGACUGACAUUAGAUAACCAGAUGUAAUGAGGAAUAAAACUGAAUUCUGCUGCAUGAAUCCUAUGGAGAUGUAUAGCAAGUAGGAAGACAGCUUAAGCAAAUACAGCACAACUCGGCCCACCAAUAAGGACAUUUAAUAUGCGUGGUCCAAAUGCACAUUAAAGCAAAUAGAAUAUAUAUGAUAGCCUACAUAUAUAUUUAUAUAAUUGCCACUGUAUAUAAAUUGUCUUUGAGGGACGCUUCCAGUUGAAG